CUUCUACACAACAAAGGGCCCUUACUACCGUUGCACACGACUGGUAUGCGACAUUCAGCUACGUCACCAUCGCCAUCUGUCCCCGCACUUUGAGCUCCAAAAGGGCGCAAUGCGCAUGUCGGAAACAGUGUCCCUUUUUUUUCGGCAUUUUCAUAGCUCAAUUCCGGGGGCCUAUUUCCGAUGUUAUUUGAGGCGUCUGGCGCCCCUACCAUCCCGCUGCCCCUCUUCGUCCGACUAUAUAUACAACAUGACGAGCCCUUCUCUGAGGUCCAAACGUUAACCCCUUCGCAACUUUGUAUGAGAGGACCUUGACCUUCUCCAUUGCAGCAACCCUUUCUUGUUACGAUUUCCGAUAUCAACCUCAGUCAACCAUGUCGAACUUCUUGGCACCCGCGCCUGAACCUCCCACUGAGCUGGGUAGGCUGCGCGUGCUCUCCCCCAACGCCGGCAUCCGCGUGUCCCCUCUUGCGCUGGGCGCCAUGUCGAUCGGCGAUGCGUGGGCUGACGGAAUGGGCGCCAUGAACAAGGAGCAGUCCUUCAAGCUCCUGGACGCCUUCUUCGAGGCCGGCGGCAACUUCAUCGACACCGCGAACGGCUACCAGGACGAGCAGUCGGAGCAGUGGAUCGGCGAGUGGAUGAGGGAACGGGGCAACCGGGAACAGAUCGUGCUCGCGACCAAGUACACGUCCGACUACAAGAGCCAUUCCCUGGGCAAGGGCCACACCGCCAACUUCACCGGGAACCACCGCCGGAGCCUGCACACGAGCGUGCGGGACUCCCUGCAGAAGCUGGGCACCGACUACAUCGACAUCCUGUACCUGCACUGGUGGGACUACACGACCUCCAUCAAGGAGAUCGUCGACUCGCUUCACAUCCUCGUCGAGCAGGGCAAGGUCCUCUACCUCGGCAUCUCGGACACGCCCGCCUGGGUCGUCAGCGCGGCCAACACGUACGCCAUCGACCACGGCAAGACCCCCUUCAGCGUGUACCAGGGCCGAUGGAGCGUGAUGCACCGCGACUUCGAGCGCGACAUCCUGCCCAUGGCCAAGAUGUUCGGCAUGGCCCUCUGCCCGUGGGACGUCCUGGGGUCCGGCAAGUUCCAGUCGAAGAAGGCUAUCGAGGAGCGCAGGAAGGCCGGCGAGGGGCUGCGUUCGUUCGUCAGCACGGGGCAGCAGACAGAGGCGGAGAUCAAGAUCAGCGAGGCGCUCGAGAAGGUCGCCGGCGAGCACGGCACCGAGAGCGUCACGGCCAUCGCGUUGGCCUACGUCCGUAGCAAGGCCGCCAACGUCAUCCCCAUCGUGGGCGGGCGCAAGGUGGAGCAUCUGAGGGCCAACAUCGACGCGCUCACCAUCAAGCUCACCGACGAGCAGAUUGCGUACCUGGAGAGCGUCAGGGAGUUCGACGUCGGGUUCCCGAACAACUUUUUGGGCGAGGACCCCAACAUCACCGGCAAGUCGGUCAGGCUCUCACGCGCUGCCCACAUGUCAUUUCCCAAUGCGGGCCGACAGACCAGCGUCUGAGAAUGGCCAGAGGGCGGCGCGGCAAUUUUUUAGAAAAGCCACAGUUAAACAGAACCUGAUAGACAAAUGCAACCAGAUCUGUAG